GAACCAUUUCCAUCUUAAGCUAUACCUUCUUUUGUCACUUCUUCUUGUUGCUAUAAGGCGAUUAACACUAUGAUACUUUUACACCAUAUCAAAUUAUUUCUCAUCUUUUAAUUCAAUUAUAUUUAAAUAAUUUUGUAGAUUAGAUGUUAUCUUUUUCCUUCUUGUAAUAAAUAUAUUGGUAUCAAUUAUGUGUUUGUGACCUUCUAAAUUCUCAUAAGCCAUGGAGUUGAAGAACCAGAAUUCAAGAUAUAAGAGGCUAUGCAAUUGGUUCACCACUAAGCAAAAGGAAAAUAAACCAUCACAUAGUUUAUACAAAAUUGAAGAUGGAGAAGAAAAUGAAAGUGAUGAAUAUGAGGGAAAUAUUUCCCUUCAGUCACUGGAAUUUGAUUCAUGUAUUUCAACAAACAAUCUAAGGAUCUUUGUAGGUACUUGGAAUGUUGCUGGAAGAUCUCCUGUAGGAAGCUUAGCUGUUGAUUUAGACGAGUGGUUGAAUUUAAAGAAUUCUGCAGAUAUAUAUGUUCUUGGGUUUCAAGAGAUAGUACCUUUAAAGACAUUAACAGUAAUAGGAGCAGAGGAUUCAUCAGUAGCAACAAAUUGGAACAAUCUCAUAGGAAGAACAUUAUCAUAUGAUGGAAACAACAAAAGAAAGUAUAAGAUGGUAGCAAGUAAAAAGAUGGUUGGAGUAUUCAUAAGUGUAUGGUUAAAAGAACAAGUAUUAGAAAAAUAUUGUGUUUCAAAUGUGAGAGUUUGUUCAGUUGCAUGUGGUGUUAUGGGAUAUUUAGGAAACAAAGGUUGUGUGGCAGUUAGUAUGUUGAUUGAAGGGACAAGUUUUUGUUUUGUUGUUGCACAUUUAGCUUCUGGAGAAAAGAAAGGUGAUGAAGGUAGAAGGAAUCAUCAAGUUGAAGAGAUUUUUAAGAGAACAUCUUUUCCUAGGACAUCAAAACAUCAUCAACAUCCUCUAACAAUUUUGGGCCAUGAUCGCAUAUUUUGGUUUGGGGAUUUGAACUAUAGACUAUACUUGAAAGAUCAUCUUGCUAGACAUUUAAUAAGAAAACAAGAUUGGAAGGGUUUGCAAGAGUUUGAUCAACUUCAAAAAGAGUUAGAAGAAGGUGGAGUCUUUGAGGGCUGGAAAGAAGGUAACAUUGAAUUUGCUCCAACAUAUAAAUAUGCAUCUUCGACUAGCAAUAUCUAUUGUGGUGGUGGCCUUCCAACUAGGUCAGGAGAAAAACAAAGAACACCAGCAUGGUGUGAUAGAAUUUUAUGGUAUGGUAAAGGAGUUGAGCAACUUCAUUAUAUUAGAAGUGAAAGCAAAUUCUCUGAUCAUCGUCCUGUUUCAGCACUUUUCUCAACACAAAUUGAAAUCAAAUCAUCUAGUAGAGGACUUGUGGAAUUGGAACAUGACCCUUCAACAAUUUUGCCUCCUAAUCAUGUGGUGAGAAAAGGAGAAGAAGAUGAAAACUCAACCUCAUUGUUAUUGUUAAUGAAGAAUGUACAAGGAUGAUAAUACAAGCAGUUAAUCUUUAGAUUAGAACUAAGGAUGAUAAAUGCUUUCAGUCAAGUUAUGGUAAUUAGGAAAGUGACAAAUAAUUGCUUUUCUAAAAAGCCAAAGAUUUUUAUUUUUUGGAGAUCAGAAUUGUAGAAAGGUUAAGGUUAGACUGCAAAAUGUGGUAAUACAAUUAAUGUUGAGAAUCAAGAUUAAUUUAAUAAUAUAAAUAUUGUGAAUUUAUACAAAUGUUUGUUAUGCAAUCUUAAUCCAAAAUAUAAGAAAGAAUAUAUUCAAUAUAGCGCAGUCUUAAUUUUGUAUUCAAUUUCUAUUCAAAACUAGUACUUUACCCCGUGCGAUGCACGUGUUUAGGCGGGAUUUUGGUCUAAAGUUGGCGCCUAAACAUGUAUCCUGUUUUAAUAUAUUAAAGAUAUGUCUAAAAUAUAAAUUCA